UGUGGAUGAACACACACUCGCAGAACAGCACCAGCGCACACCUGUUCUACCAGCUCAGCAAAUGUCUGCAGACGCAGGGGAAGCUCAGUGUUCUGGAGGAUCUGUUUGGCCGCUUCAUGCGCUCCCUCUGCCAGUCUGUGCCGGAGCAGAUCAGGCCUCUGGAUGUACUGCGGCACAUUCUGGGGAUCCCGACCAAUCUGAGAGCGCCCAUCCUGAAGGAGGAUCUGCUGGAGGAGCUCAAAGACCAGCUGCCCUACCUGCAUCUGCUGCACUGCUUCUGGCAGGUGGUGUACGGCGGUGCUCGAGAGGCUGUGGAUGCGUUUGAGAAGGCGUUGGGAGCGGUGACGCAGCUGGAGCUCAUUCACACACUCUGGCUGGACUACCUGUCCUUCAGCUGGCAGCAGCUGUGUUCGCCACAGCCGAGUGCCCGCGAGCUGAAGAUGUUCAGUUCUCUGGUUCUCCGCUGUCUGCAGACGGUGCCCGUCCGGCUCCUGGUGCCCUUCAGCUCUGCACAGUAUUGGAGCAGCUUCAGCUUCCACAACCAGGUGGUUUCCUUCUAUCUGGGCUGCUUCCCGAAGACCCAGCAUUCCCUGAUCCUGGAGAAACUCCAGCACAUCAUGCCCACCAACACUGAGCUGGCCAUCAGGUUGCUGCAGCAGGAAUGGCAGGAUGGAAAUGAAGGAGCAGAGGCAGAGGUCAGAGGUGAGUGAGAGGUCAGAGGUCACGCACUCCUCAGUGAUCGAUGUCUGUCCCCUUUACUUUCAUUCUGUCCAACUAUUGUUUCUCCUGCAGGGUAUGCCCAGUGCACGAGUGUGUAAGAGUCUCUCAUAGGCAUAGCUCUGAUCAAGACAGAGCCCGAGUGUGUGUGUCAAAGUGUGUGUGUGUGAGUGAGUGAGAGAGACUGUGAGAGUGUGUCUGUAUAAUUGAGAGACUCUGUGUGUGUGUGUGUGUGUGUGUGUGUGUGUGUGUGUGUGUGUGUGUGUGUGUGUGUGUGUGUGUGUGCGCAUGUAGGUGGGUGGGUUGGUGCAUAGCUCUGUGUCCUGAACUGACUUUGUGUUGCUCUGGUGUCUGUGUGUGUGUGUGUGUGUGUGUGCGUGUGUGUGUGUGCGCGUGUAGUUGGGUGGGUGGGUGCAUAGCUCUGUGUCCUGAACUGACUUUGUGUUGCUCUGGUGUGUGUGUGUCUGUGUGUAUGUUUGUUUAUGUGUGUGUGUGUGUGU